AUGGCUGCUACUAGUACCAAUGCGGGGCUCCGCGGAGCGCGCAAUCUGCUUCUCCUUCCGCUCGCCUUCCUGCUGCUCCUCGCCGCCAGCGCCGCGCAGCCCGUCCUUCACGCAUCCCCCUCCGCCACCGGCUCACCGCGCAGCGUCGCCCGCCGUGCCCUCGCCCGCGCGGAUUCCGCAGUCUCCCCGCACAGGGUGGAGCGCCGCAAGCUCUUCAGCUGGGACGGCGUGACCGUCGAUCAGAUCAUUGCGGGCAGCCUGGGCACGACGAGGCGCCACGUUUGCCCUUUCGCCCUCCCUAUGGCCUCUGCGCCUCAGGUGCGCGCGGAAUUAUGGACUCCGCUGCUGCCCGCUAAACCCUCAUUUCCCCCUUCCGCACCUCCCCCUUCCGCGCCUCCCCUUUCCGCGCCUCCCCUUUCCGCGCCUCCCCCUUCCGCCCAACCCCCUCCGCCGCUCCCCUUCCAUCUCUGGCGACGCCGCCAGCAGCGCCGCGUGCGCUCCGCGUUCUCCGCCGCGUCUGGCGCGCGGAAGCAGUGGGACGCCGCCUCGGCGGACGGGCUGCGCGCGGCGACAGCUGUCGUGAACCGAUUGGUGCAGCUGAAGCAGCUACCCGGCAAGGACGUGGGGGCGGUAGGGAGCAUGGAGGGCAUCUUGGCGAGGGCAGCAGAGAAGAUCCGACGCCUCAUGUCUUUCCUCUCGCACACAUCCCUCUUCUCAUUCUCCUCCCCCUGCUCCACCUCUCCUCCCCCUCGUCCGCCCUUCUCCUCCCCUCCUCGUACGCCCACAACCAUCUCCUGCGUGAUGCUAUGCUCUGGAUGA